AUGCAGAUCUUCGAGUAUAAUGGGAGUGCCCUUGUAGCCAUGGUAGGUAAGAACUGCUUCGCUAUCGCCAGUGAUCGGAGACUCGGAGUUCAACUCCAAACAAUCGCCACCGAUUUCCAGAGGAUUUCAAAAAUCCACGAUCGACUCUUUCUAGGCCUCUCUGGCCUCGCCACCGAUGCUCAGACCUUGUAUCAGAGGCUUGUGUUUCGGCACAAGUUAUAUCAGCUAAGAGAAGAGAGGGACAUGAAACCUGAGACUUUUGCUAACCUUGUUUCUGCUAUUCUUUACGAGAAAAGGUUUGGUCCAUACUUCUGCCAACCAGUAAUUGCUGGAUUGGGAGAUGAAGACAAGCCCUUCAUUUGCACCAUGGAUUCCAUUGGAGCCAAGGAGCUGGCAAAAGAUUUUGUUGUAGCUGGCACUGCCUCAGAGUCUCUUUAUGGUUCCUGCGAGUCUAUGUUCAAGGAGAACAUGGAACCUGAGGAAUUGUUUGAAACGGUCUCCCAAGCUCUCCUUGCAUCAGUAGAUCGUGACUGUUUGAGUGGGUGGGGAGGGCAUGUGUAUGUUGUAACACCUACAGAAGUAAAGGAAAGGAUUUUGAAAGGAAGGAUGGAUUGAGUGGGACCAAGUGUUUGUAAGAUCCUUCAUCGCGGAACCGUGGAACUUUAGGUUGAUUAGUCAUUAGGUUUGAUUGACUAAGUUGUGUACAUUAUUGGCAGCAGGGGUGAAUUUCUGGUGCAUGUGAUGGGGUAAAAUUUGUUGGAUCAAUGCAUGCAUUAACCCAAAGUUUAAAUGAGAUGCAGGAACUGAUUUAUUAUUAUUAUUAUUAUUGAGAAAUUAUCCCUUUAAAUUUUA